UACGGUCUGAAAGUCACCAACCGACUCGGUGAGUAGUAGUAGUAGAAGAGUGAAUGAAUGGAUCCACGUCCUUUUCUUUUGUCCAUUAUGGGGAACUUUUUCCUGAACCGUCAUUUCUCCGUAAGCUGUAGACUCCUGUUGGUGCUGUCGGUUACACUGAUGAGCAGAAACUCCGAAGCCCUCCAGGUGAUUGGUGGAAGUGCAACAGUGGUGAAAGGAGAGACCGCUAUCUUACCCUGCAAACUCAUUGAGACCUCAGAGACCCUGACUCAGAUUACAUGGCAGAGGAGAACCAGAGAAAAACCUAAAAAUGACAAUUUCUUUAUAAUCCAAUCGGAUGGACACCAAUAUGUUAACGGACCUGAUAAUCGAUUUAAGUUUAUUGGGAGUUUUUCUGACAAAAAUGGAUCUCUACAGUUGUCCAAUGUUCAAUUGAAGGAUGAAGGCAGCUACACGUGCAUCUUCACUUUGUUCCCCAGUGGAAAUCACAAGACAGAGAUACCUCUGAACCUGCUUGUGCCUCCAGUCACAAGCCUGAAGGGUGAUAAUUUAACUUUGGGUACUGGAGAAGUUUCCCUUGCUACCUGCACGGCUGCCGGCUCCAAGCCUCCUUCAGAGGUGACCUGGCUCACUGGUACCCUGGCAGUGAGGGUGACGACCAACUCCACCCAGCAUGACAACGGUACAAUGACCACAACCAGCUCACUGUUUGGAGUCCCUACCACGGAAAUGAACAACCAGUCAGUUCAGUGUGUCAUCACAACAGCAGGCCUGCCUGAAAAACAAGUCCUGCCUUUGACCAUCCAAGUUCACUUCCCUCCCAUAGACGUGAUGAUCAUUCAACGUUCUGAAGACUCCUAUGAAUGUGUGGCCAACGCCAACCCAGAGGCAAAUUUCAUCUGGAGCAGGUCUGAUCAGUCUUUGCCUGAGUCUGGUAUUAAAGUUCAGGGUUCAACUCUGCAGUUUGUGAGGAAGACCUCUGAUCUGAAUGGGCUCUAUCAGUGUGAAGCUGUCAACCGAUAUGGAAGAAAACAUGGAGGUCAGAUGCACGUGUACAUGGAUUUUGGCUCCUACAUUAUUGGCUGGAUCUUAUUUGGUCUUCUGCUUUUCAUGAACAUUGUAGCCUUUUCAGUGUGGUACCUUCGUAAACACAACAAGUGCAGAAGCAGAGACAACUGCAGAAAGGAACCUAAUUCCAGCAUCUUCUGAUGAUGAUAGCGAAGAUGAGGAAUCACUGACAGAAAGUUGCAGAAGCGACGAGACUGACAAGAGUUUGGCAACUGAAAAUGAGAGAAUCAAAAGCAAAUGUUUGAGGAUCAUCUGAUCAGUGAAGAGGACUGGUGUUGUGUUUCAGUUUAUAUCCAGGGUUUUAUUCUACUCGCUGGUGUCGUAUCAGAAACUACUGCAAAUGUGUGACAGUGUGUUGUUUUUGUUUUUGCCGACUGUUUGAUUCCGUUCCUUUAGAUUAACAGUAUGUCUCUUACACUACACUUUUUGCAGACGCACUCUUCACUCAUGCUCGUCAUGCACCACUGACAAAGCAGCAGUUUCACGUUGCAAUGGAGGUGCGGGUGACUUUUUGUAAUGCAUUCAUACAUCAACACAAACUAACUGAUCAGGCCGGGAAUCCAUUUGUUCUGUGUACAUGUGGUCUGGCGGCUUUUCAGGGUGCAUCAGCUUCAGUUUCUGUGAAUAUAGUGAACUCUUAAAAUGUUGUCGACCAGUGUAGGGGCCUUGCUUCAAGAGGCUAAAGUACAUUUUGCUGCUGAAAUUGAUCAGUGUUUGUCUUCUGUGAGAAGCACGUCAUACAGCCACGUUUCAAUCCCGUUUUAGAAUAGAAACAUUUUAUUUUUGAUGAAAUAUAAAUUAUUUAUUGAUUUUCUGUCAUUCACUGCUUUAAGCAGAUGAUUUCAGAUGUUCUUAAGGUCAAAGUGUCCAACACUUCAGCUGCAGCUUCAUUUUGUAUAAAAAAAAACAGUUUUGAACAAUGAUAAAAGAUUUUUUAAAAGAUGA